AUGGGUAAACACAGCUUCCACUUCAAAAAGAAUACCUUCAACUACGACGAGUACAAGCGCAAGAUUCUGUGCAAGAUCUGCGGCAAGAUAUGCACCGCCAGCAAGUACUCCAAACGCCAGCUCGAUGAGCUGCGCAAGGCGAUGGCCAGCAACCCCGGCGUCACCGGCCUCACUCGUCCUGGCUUUGCUGGAUGCCGUACGUGUAUCAGCCACCAGACCGUAGAGCUCACUUGCUGCAUCUGCGACAAGACCAAGUCCCUGGAGUACUUCAGCAAGAAUCAGCGUUCUCCGCCUGACACAGCGAGAUGCACCAACUGCGUCCAAAGCCACCUUGACGCCGAGCCAAUUGCCGAAGUCCUCAGAGAUAUGGAAGAAGGGGAGGCUCCUUAUGAUCCUAGUGCCGUAGCUGAGUCAAAACCCGCUGAUGCGAAUGAGAUCGCCCACUUCCAGCACCUCUCUGUCAACGACGAGGCCCGCCCUCGCAAACCCGUCAGCCACCGGAAGGUCGUCAAACCUGGCAACCGGGCUGGCGUCGCCGACUCAGAGGACGACGUAUCUUUUGGCGGAGUGUGGGUUGAGCAGCAGGACGAAGGCACCACAACCACCACUGUUCCUGAGGGUGCCAAAGAAGUAGUCGAAUUCACUGCCUUCGACAACAAGGGGACCGGACACCCUCGCAAAACCACUGUCGAACCUGCCCUCAAACCCACCAUGCCAGAAGAGAAGCCUGCUGUCCCCAGCGCCGUCUGGAAUAUCACCACCAAGGAGAGACGUGUAGCCACGACACGCAAACGCUCGAAUUUUGCAAAGGUUACCGGUGUCCGUGUCUCCAAGGACGAAGCUCCCACUCAGCGUCUUCCAGAGCCCACUGGACCGACCAUCGACUACGACGAUGACUCUGAUGACGAGUGCGGUAUUGAGGCCUGGAUCUAG